AUUUCCUACGGACGUUAAUCAAGAAAAAACAAAACACGACCAGCCAGAGAGCUUGUGAUGAAGUGUGGCCAAAAUACUGAACAGUCGCUGAAAUUACGAUGUUUAGCAUUCCGAUUAGGCGGUGAAAGAGCUGGUAACACCGAGGAAACUAAUGUUGGCUAGCUAACCAGCCUGCUGCCCGCCAUGAAUUUAAGAGGACUGUUUCAGGAUUUCAAUCCCAGUAAAUUCCUGAUCUACUCUUGCCUGCUGCUGUUCUCUGUGUUGCUGUCCUUGAGGCUGGAUGGGGUCAUCCAGUGGAGCUACUGGGCUGUAUUUACCCCGAUCUGGCUGUGGAAGCUGUUGGUGAUCAUUGGGGCCUCUGUGGGCACGGGAGUGUGGGCCCACAACCCUCAAUACAGGGCUGAAGGAGAGACAUGUGUGGAGUUCAAGGCUAUGCUGAUAGCAGUGGGCCUCCACGUCCUGCUGCUGAUGUUCGAGGUGUUGGUGUGUGACCGUGUGGCCAGAGGGACCUACUUCUGGCUUCUCGUCUUCAUGCCUCUCUUCUUUGUGUCACCCGUCUCUGUAGCAGCGUGUGUUUGGGGUUUUCGACACGAUCGCUCCCUUGAGCUGGAGGUGUUGUGUUCAGUGAAUAUCCUGCAGUUCAUCUUCAUCGCUCUGAGGCUGGACAGGAUCAUCACUUGGCCUUGGCUGGUGGUGUGUGUCCCACUCUGGAUUCUGAUGUCCUUCUUGUGCCUUGUCGUCCUCUACUACAUCAUCUGGUCGGUCCUCUUCCUGCGCUCCAUUGACAUCAUCGCAGAGCAACGGCGGACUCACAUCACCAUGGCGAUCAGCUGGAUGACCAUAGUUGUACCUCUUCUCACCUUUGAGAUUCUUCUGGUGCACAAGCUGGACGGCCACAACAGCCUCAGCUAUGUGUGUGUGUUCGUGCCUCUGUGGCUGUCCCUGCUCACACUCAUGGCCACAACCUUUGGACAGAAAGGAGGGAACCACUGGUGGUUCGGCAUCCGUAAGGACUUCUGCCACUUCUUAUUGGAGCUUCUCCCUUUCCUGCGAGAGUACGGCAACGUGUCCUACGACCUCCAGCGCAGCGAGGACCCCGAGGCCGUUGAGGAUCUGCCUGUCCCAGAGCCGCCACCAAAGAUCGCCCCCAUGUUCCACAAGAAGACGGGCGUGGUGAUCACGCAGAGCCCUGGGAAAUACUUUGUCCCGCCACCUAAACUGUGCAUCGACAUGCCCGACUAACAGUCGGUCAGAGCUGAAGCAGCUGCUGGACUGAUGUGAAACUAUUAAAGAAGCAGCAGAGGGCAGCGUGUUUGGAUUUUAGCUGCUGACCUGAAGGAUUCAGUCCCCCUCAUGUAACCAGUGCAUCAUGCGCUGCAAGGGCAACACUUCAGUGUGGUGGUGGAUUCAGACUCCUGCCGUUGGUUUCUGUCUAUUUUAAGACUCUUCCUAAAUUUGUCGGGAACGAAACAAUUGACAGAUUCAUUUUCACCAGUGGGUGAAGUUACACUGUGUUCCUUACUCCCAGUUGUAUCCUGAGGGGAAAGUUGACUACAGAAAUGUCUCAAAUUGUCUUCGAUCUUCACGUGGGGACGUUGGAGCCGUUCAGCAGAGCUGGAUCAAAGCUGCCUCGGUUUGUGAUGGGGACCAUUGGAGAGACUCUGGUGGAUCAUGGGAUCAGUGUACCCCUGUUUGUGUCCUCUCUGUUGACCUUUUGACCAUAUAGGUUGUGAAACUUGGAGGGCAAGAAAAGAUUUUUUUUUUUUUUUUAUUUAACCCCUUCCAGGUUUGUACCGACAUGCAUGUCAUAGCAUUAAUCCAACUAGUCCGUGGUCUCAGAGGAGGUCUCCUCCAGAUGUUGAGAUGGGGCCAAAAAGUGUAAAAAUCCAUUACUUAGUUGAGUCAGAAUCAGUUUGGGUUUGAGAGGUGACCUUUCUAAAUACAAAACACAAAAAACAGAUAAAGUAAGCUGACAAUCAGCCAGUGGGCACAUCUGGAAGGUCUAUGAACAUCUGCCACAUCCCAUGUUCAUCCUCAGAGCCCAUUGAUGUCUUUCUGUUGGGCUUAUCACAGAAUUCAGAGGUCUGAUCACAAUGUAAUAUAUCGAUUCAGUGGAUAACAAUUCAGCGUUCAAAGAUAUCAACGUGAUUUUGAUUUGAUUCGGGAGCUGGCGAUCGAUGCGGUAAAAUCACAUGAUGAUUUAACUGUCACUAAAAUCUGAAAAUAUUCAUUUCUGAGCUCAUCUGGAUAUUUAAAUAAAAAGCAUCCUGUUUUUUUUUAACCAAAAUAAACUAUAGUUGAAUAUUUUUAAUUUGGAUCCAUGUGCAUCUGCUGCCGUUGUGGUGAGCCAGAUGUCCACGUCUGCAGCCGCAUGUUGUCUUUGCGGUGCGUUUAGGUGUUUGUCCAGAUGCUGGAGAAGAGAUGUCCUGCUGGGUCUCUUUGCAUCUUUGAAAGCAAAUUCUAAAAAUAUUCACUUGAUUAGACCAAAUUAAUCAACUCAAGCCUCACAAACAUCUCAUAGAUGUAAACUUAUUCUGGCUCACAUAAAGGAUAUAUAGAGUUUGUCCACAUCAACACUGGAUCUGACCUCUGCUGGAACACCAGGUUUGAUUAAUUGAUUACAAUGAUUUAUUUCUAAUGUUCUUGUGACCAUUGUUCUGAAAUAAACCAGAUACUUUUUUUUUUAAAAGAGAACAAUGGAAAUGGCACUUUGUUAAUCUGUUCCAAGAGAAGCACUGUUAAACCUCAGUUUAUUUUAUUUUUGUUAAAUUCCUUGUUUUGUUUUUUUUUCUUAUGUAAAUACGACAGUGGCUCUAGAUUGGGACCAGAGGGUUGAAAGGUUGACGUUUCAGUCCUCCACUCCCAUUUUAAUCCAGCCUGAAGUAGCAUCUGUGCAGAUGGUUAAGUCACCUUUCAUAUUAAAUCAGUAGUACAAACUUUCUGUCUUCACGUGAUCUGAUUACAAAGAUUUUGCUGGUAGAAAUGUGUUUUCAGUGACACAGAAAUGCCACAUAUCAGCUUCUUAAAGUCAAUGGCUACAUGUCCAGUGUGUCCAAAGUGUCCAAAAUCCUGUAUGUUUUUUUUGUUGUUGUUUUUCCUUCCACUCAUUAUUUUCUAGUAGUAACUUACACUCUCAAUAGUCACUUAACAUAUUUGCCAUGGUAAAUAAAUGCAGAAAAUAGCCCAUCAUACUAUUACAUCAUACAUAUACAUACAUAUAUAUUAUAAUUCACUGUUAUUUCAUGAGCUGGAAGUAAAGAGCAAGCUGCACAAAGUGAUGGUCUUCCAAAGUAUCUUUGAUCCGUUUGAUUCUCUGUGAAUAAAAGUGAAAUAUCAGCACUGAAGUCAGCAGGUUCAACUGGACUGAGAUCAAACUUUAUUGUCACAGCAACAGAUGGAGAUUACACCGUGUUUUUAGCAGGUGGAGGCGAUGCUGUGAGCGGAGCUCUGCUUUUUUUACUGGGGGAAAACAGUUAAGUGUUUUACUUCAAGUACAGACAGAUUCAGUUACAUCUUAACAUGUUUUCAGUUUAAUCUUGAUGUAUUUUUCCUACUCUUCUUGGACAGUAGUUUAUUUAUUCAAAAAUGACAUGAAUAUCAUAAAUAU